UUUACCACAUCAUUUCAAACUCCACUCUCUCUCUCUCUCUCUCCUCUCCACCACUUACUUUCUCUCUCUAGAAUUCAGCAGCAAUGGCCGCCACCGCCCUCAACCAAACCCCAAUCACAUUCCAAUCCAGCACGCCGCUCUCCUCCCAACUCCACUCCAAGCCAGCCCCCUCCAAAAUCUCCCUCACCUCAACCCUAAAAUCCACCAAACUCACAAUCAAACCCCUCCUCCGCCGCCGCACCCGCGGCGCGUCCGGCGCCAGGAUGGCCGACAGCGCCGCGGCGAGCUACGCGAACGCCCUCGCCGACGUGGCGAAGUCGAACGACACGCUGGAGCAGACGACGGCCGACCUCGAGAAGCUGGAGAAGAUCUUCGCGCAGGAGCCGGUGAUGAAGUUCUUCACAAACCCUACCAUCAUCGUGGAGGAGAAGCGGAAGAUCGUCGACGAGAUCGUCGAGUCGGCGGCGCUGCAGCCGUACGUGGCGAACUUCCUGAACAUCCUGGUCGACACGAAGAGGAUAGAUCUGAUAAAGGAGAUACUGAAGGAGUUCGAGUUCGCGUACAACAGGUUCACCGGAACGGAGACCGCCACGGUGGCGUCGGUGGUGGCGCUGGAGUCGCAGCACCUGGCUCAGAUCGCGAAAAGCGUGCAGAAAAUGACGGGGGCGAAGAACGUCAGAAUCAAGACGGUUAUUGACCCGUCUCUGGUGGCCGGGUUCACGAUCCGGUACGGGGAAACCGGGUCGAAAUUGAUUGAUAUGAGUGUGAAGAAGCAGCUUGAGGAGAUUACUUCACAGCUUGAUCUUGGUGACAUUCAAUUAGCUCUAUGAUUUUUUUUUUGUAUGGAUUUGUGAUUUUACUUUUUGGAUAAUAUAUAUAUAUGUGUAGAGAUUAUUUUAUCAAAUUAUAUUUGAGAUAUAAUUUCAUA